AUGGAUUUAGAAUCAAGAAAGAAAUUAAGCGAUUUAAUUAAAACAGCAACAUCAACAGGUACACUUGAAUUAUCAACUGAACAUGCUCAACAAUUUAAAUUAAUUUUAAAACAAUCAAAUUCAAAUGUCAAGAGUGCAUUCGAUCUUUUAUUUGAUAGAUUAAAAAUUAAACAUUCUCAGGUAAAUAUUACCUAUUUUUAA